UAUACUUCACAAAAAUGUCUUCAUGUCAUCUGCCAUACUGGCAGAGAUGUUAAUUGGAGUGAGAAGAAGCUAAAGCAGCUAAUAGAGGAUAAAAAUAUAAGCUUACGCUGCUACUUUCUUUGAAAAAAGAACAAUAACGCCAAUGUUAUAACAAAAACUCCCGACAGCAGUUUGAAAACAGCCCUGUCCACCUCAGCAUGGAUCGCUACAAUGACGUGAAAGUUUUGCUGAAAAACUGGGAGCAGGGGUUUGUCAAAGAGCACAAGAGAAAACCCAACAAGGAGGACAUUGAUCGGGCCCCAGAGGAGACCAGAAACUUGUAUAAAGAAUACCGCAGCUUAAAACAAGCCAAAGAGAACAGCAAUGAGGCCGCCAAUGGGCAUACUCACAGCCAAAAGGAGUCAGACUGUUGGGGUUCCCACUUGAACCGCAGUGCAUUGCCGACAUCAUCUCCCAAACUGACAUCCCAGGACAGAGACAGUCUGAAGGCGUCUUCUCAGUAUUAUGGCCUAAAGCUUAAAAACAACUUGUCUUCAAUCAGUAAGGAGAGGCCUGUGUCACUGAAGAAAAUGCACCGUCCUGGUCGGCUACCUCUGGACUCCUUGAAAGAUGAACAAACUAUAAGAACAAAGAGCGUCACUUCUCCUGCUGCCACUGCCAAGACCACAACCACUGACUCUGAAUUCAGUCCCUUUUCACCAAGAAUGAAUCCUUGCCUGGGAUCUCUGGCUUCAAAGACGCUCCAACCAGCAGAGCCUGAAGAGCCGUUUCAACCAUUUGAAACGUUCAGACAGGACAAUGAUGAAGCUGCAGAUGCUGCUGGUAGCUGUAGCAUUGGCAAAGACACUAGUUCACAAUUCACUACCUCUGCUUUAAGUCCUUCUCCCAUCAGAUCCUCCACCCUGUUGUCAUCCUUAUCCCCUGAGCGAAAUUUAGGGGCUUCAAAAGUAGGAGCCAGAACUAUGGGAAGUGAAACUAAAGGCAUUUUAGGAGAUGUAAAAGAAAAUGCUGAAACAUCAAAAACUCAGAAUAGAGGUACCAAUUCUGCAGGUGGUGAAAGUGUAAUUGGCUUUAAGGGAAGUCCACAGAUUUGUGGAGGUUUCAGAGGAGGCAGAGGCCUUGGAGCAAGGUCUUCUCCUGCCAGCAGGCUGAGCCUUGUGGACAAGAAGUGGCUAGAGAGGUGUCAGGUGUUUGGAGAGAUGGGAGCAGAGGAGAAGCCUGGAGCAGGCAACCAGGAGAUGAAUGUGGAGCAACGAGGGAUGGCAGAAAAGGGAGAAAAAUUAAAAGGGGAAAUGCAAGGAGUCGAAAGAGAAGCAAAGGAAGAGAUGGAUAUAGAGAGAGAAAGACAGGAGUCAUUAGAAAUGGGAAGAGGUAAAAAGUCUGAGAGUGUAACAGGGGAUAAAAUAGUCACUACUAGUGCUACAAACUCUGGAAAAAGCAAGAAAGAAGGGGUUGGCAAAGAGAAAAGGAAGGGACAGGAGGAGAUGGAAAGAGGGCAGACAUCACAUAUAACAGCUGAUGAUGACAAUGAAAGCAGUCCAAAAACUAAAGCUUCAAAAAAUAGGAGGAAGAAGAGGCAGCGAGAAGUGGGUGACACGCAGGGAAACACUACAGAAGAAGGAGGAGUAAAAAAGAGACGGAGAGGUGGUAGAAAGAAAGAGGAGAGCUCUGACGUUAGCCCCAGCUCAGCUCACGGAGGAGCAGGAAAGAAAAAGAGAAGCAAGAGAAAAGAAGGUGAUGGAGAGGGUGAAGGAGAGGAAGAAACCAAGGGACCAAAAAAGAUGCCCCAAGAGAACUUGUUUGGAGACAUAGAAGAAGAAUUUGGAGUUAACAAAAUCUAUCGGGCACAGUCUGCUAGAGCCAGAGUCGCAAAAGGAGCCGAGGGUAACUUUGUGAAAAUAAACCUGAAGAAGAAAUCUCAUGUCAAAGGCUAUGCCCUGAGAGGGAUUGCUCUGCGCAGACAGUUGUACAUGCAGAAGUUCCAGCUGAAGGGAGAGCGUUUCGGUGGAGGUGGGGGAUAUUUUGGCAGAGGAAGAUGGGGGGGCUUCAGAGGGGGUUUCAGAGGGGGCCUCAGUCGACAGGGUGACACCUGCUACAAAUGUGGAGGGACCGGACACUGGGCUAUUGACUGCAAAGGGCGAGCCCCUCCACCUCCUGUUGCUGACGAGAAGGCGGUUGAGGAGGAGCCGUUUGAAUUACCCACCCUGGAGGAAGUUGCCAGGGCAACUGGGACACUACAACCUCAGCCACAGGUGGCAGCAUCCACUUUUAAAGAGGAGCAGAAUGAUCAGGAAAAGGAAGUGGACAGUAAGCGUAAAGAUGAAGUGCUGCUGAAUGUGAUUCGCCCCGAUUAUGAACGACCUCCUCCUCCUCCACCCAUGGAGCCGCUUUAUGAGCUCACAGAGGAUGGAAAAGUCCAGGAAACACAUGAAGAUGUUUAUUCGGCUCUAAGAGAUCUUGGCUAUCAGUCAUUUCGACCAGGACAGGAGGAAGCCAUCAUGAGGAUCCUGUCGGGUCUGUCUACCCUCGUAGUGUUAUCAACAGGGAUGGGCAAAUCGUUGUGCUACCAGCUCCCAGCUUACCUCUAUGCUCAGAGAUCCAAAUGCAUCACUCUGGUCAUAUCGCCUCUCGUCUCUCUAAUGGACGACCAGCUGUCUGGCCUGCCAGCCAAGCUGAAGGCGGCCUGUAUCCACUCCAAUAUGACAAUGAAACAGCGAGAAGCAGCGAUAGAAAAGGUGAAGUCAGGCCAGGUAUGUCUGCUGCUGCUCUCUCCAGAAGCCCUUGUUGGGGGAGGAGGUUCAGGUUCAGGGUGUCUCCCUUCUGCUCAGGAGCUCCCUCCUGUGGCCUUCGCCUGUAUAGAUGAAGCUCAUUGUGUCUCAGAGUGGUCCCACAACUUCAGACCCUGCUACCUAAGACUCUGCAAGGUGUUACGAGAGCGUCUGGGAGUACGAUGCUUGCUAGGACUCACAGCUACAGCCACUCUGUCCACUGCUCUGGACAUUGCUAAACAUCUGGAAAUCAGUGAUCAAGCCGGCAUUGCUGUCAGAUCUGCAGCUGUGCCUCCAAACCUGAAUCUUUCUGUGUCCACGGAUAGAGAAAAGGAUCAGGCUUUAGUCUCCUUGUUGAAAGGUGAUCGGUUUGGUUGUCUUGACUCGAUCAUCGUCUACUGCACCAGAAGAGAGGAGACGGUGCGUGUGGCGGCACUUCUCCGAACCUGCCUUCAAGGGGUGCUGUUAAAAGAAAACAAGAAGAGCAGCAGCAGCAGUCGGUCAGAAAACAACCCUGUAGGGCAGAGAAAGAAAGAACUGGCUCGGAAGAAGAUUCGUAAACCACUGAAAUGGCAGGCUGAAUCGUACCACGCCGGCCUGUCGGGGUCAGAGCGGCGACGCGUGCAGAACAACUUCAUGUGCGGAGAGCUCAGGAUCGUGGUGGCCACAGUGGCGUUUGGCAUGGGCCUGGAUAAAUCUGACGUUCGUGGUAUCAUCCAUUACAACAUGCCUAAGAGUUUUGAGAGUUACGUUCAGGAAAUUGGGAGGGCAGGAAGAGAUGGAGAGCCGGCUCACUGUCACCUUUUCCUGGACCCGGAGGGUGGAGACCUCCAUGAGCUCCGUCGCCAUAUCUACGCAGACACAGUGGACUACUAUACGGUGAAAAGACUGGUGCAGAAAGUUUUCCCAGCUUGCAAAUGUAAACAGAUACACCAGAAACAGCAGGAACUCUUCAAGGAUGUUGAAGACUCUGAGCUGUUGGAGGUGAUGGAUGUGUGCGAUCAGGAGAGCAGCAUGAAUUCUUCUGCUCAGCAAGACAUGUCAGACAAAGAUGAAUCACAACCUGCUGCUGCACCUGAAUCAGAUCUCAGUUCUGCUGGGCUAGCCAUCCGAGAAGACAACGAUAAAAGAGAGGAACGAAAUGAGGAUGAGAUGAAAAAACAGACAGAAGACCAGAGAGAUAACCGGGAGAGGGACCAAGAAGAGGAGCGCUGUGAUUGGCCCAGAGAGCGAGUCUGUCACACGCACGAAAGAGCGAUUCCCAUCCAAGAGACCAUCGAGGCUCUGGACAUCACGGAGGAAGGUGUGGAAACGCUGCUCUGCUAUCUGGAGCUGCACCCACAGCGCUUCGUGGAGCUGCUCCACCCCACUCUGUCUGUGUGUAAAGUCAGCUGCUACGAUGGGCCGAGGCAGCUCCAGAAAAUCACUAAAAUUUGUCCUCCGAUCGCUGUGGUGUUGGCCAGGCGGCGGAUGGCGGGCGAGCGGGUGGAGCAGUGCGACCAGCUUGAGUUUGAUGUUGUCGAGGUCGCGGACACUAUGGGAUGGCAGCUCCCUCUCGUGAAGAGAGGACUCAGGCAGCUGCAGUGGAGCACCGAUAGAGCUGGGGGACGUAGCGGCGUCCUCGUCGAAUUCUCCAGUCCUUCGUUCUACUUUCGUUCCUAUGGCGACCUGAGCGAUGAGGAGAUAGACAGAGUCUGUCAGUUCCUCCAUAAACGAGUGCAGGACCAAGAGAGAACGCAGCUGUACCAGCUGACGGCCUGUUUUAAGGCCUUCAAGAGUGUUGCCUUCUGCAGCGUACUGUCCUGUGUAGACGAUCUGGACGAGAGCCGCAGUUUGCAGUUAAAAAGCCUUCUGUCCGAGUACUUUGAUAAGAGGCGGGACGGGGACCACGCUCUCAAACCUUUUGAUCUCGAGGAGCUCGACAAAUAUAAGCUGUUGGACUGGGAGGAUCAAAUCAGAGCCGACAUCAGAAGUUUCCUCUCCAACCGAAGUGACGAGAAGUUUUCUGGAAGGGCUGUCGCUCGUAUCCUCCAUGGCAUAGGCAGUCCGUGUUAUCCGGCUCAAACCUACGGCAAAGACAGACGUUACUGGAGGAAGUACAUCCAGUUUGACUUCAACCAGCUCAUCAGACUGGCCACUCAGGAGAUCAUUCGCUUCAAGUGAUCGACCAGAUGGUCCUAUCUUUU